AGGCACCACAUGAUGCCGGUUCCUCCCUCCUCGGGGAGGGCCCCGACUUCUGCAUUGGCUCCGCCGGGUUUCGCCGCCGCCGGCUCCAGCUUAAAGCUGCGAAGCCGGAGCCGGGCGGGCCGGGCGGCCAGGAUGGGUGUUCUCCGCUGCCUCGUGGCCUCCGCACUCUGCAUCGCCGUCCGGGGACAGGACCAUGGGCUCUCCCGCCCACCCCCUCAGUUCGGCUCCAUCUACCACGUCCGAGGGGUCAUUAAGCUGCCCUACGCCGAGAUCGAGGAGCCCUUUGAAGCCUGGUACAACCUGACGGGGAACAAGAGCCGCAUCCAGUACUACGGAGGGCAGGUGAUAACGUACCAGCUGGCAGCGGUGAAGCCCUAUGGCAUGAGGUACAAGAUCACGCCGGAGACGACCGAGAAGGAGGUGAACGCCAGGAAGUGCUUCCAGCUGCCCGGCUCCAAGGAGGACGUGGUCACGGCUCAGAGCGUCUUCCCCAGCAUGAGGGGCUUUAAGUUCCUGCGGGAGGAGUACUACGAGGGCCGGUACUGCGCCGUGUGGCAGAACGUCUCCCGCUGGGAGCAGAAGAAGAACGUCUACACGCUGUGGGUGACCAACUCCAGCUGCGGGGUGGCCCCCGUGCACUACGAGAUGCGGGGCUACAACAGCCUGCUGGGCUCCCACUACGACAAGUACGAAAUCGCCUACACUGACUUCGACAACAGCUUCCCGCCCUCUGUCUUCGACCUCCCCGCCAACGCCACCAAGUGCGGGGUGCUGCCGGGGAGCGUGGCGGAGCACCGCGUGCUGGCAAACCCCAUGGAGGACCUGGUGGGCCAGCAGCCGCCCUGGGCACACCGGGUGUUCCACGACUACCGCCGGCAGAUGGGGCGGCGCUACGGCUCCGCGCGGGAGCUGGAGCACAGGCAGAGCACCUUCGUGCACAACAUGAGGUUUGUGCACUCGCGGAACCGCGCCGCGCUGUCCUACACGCUGUCCCUGAACCACCUGGCCGACCGCACGCCGCAGGAGCUGGCAGCCCUGCGGGGCCGCCGGCGCAGCGGGACCCCCAACCGUGGGCUGCCCUUCCCCACCGAGCUCUACGCCGGCAUCAUCCUGCCCGAGAGCCUGGACUGGCGCAUGUACGGCGCUGUCACCCCCGUGAAGGAUCAGGCUGUCUGUGGGUCGUGCUGGAGCUUUGCUACAACGGGAGCCAUGGAAGGUGCCCUCUUCCUCAAGACCGGCGUGCUGACCCCCCUGUCCCAGCAAGUCCUCAUUGACUGCUCCUGGGGCUUUGGGAACUACGCCUGCGACGGGGGCGAGGAGUGGCGGGCGUACGAGUGGAUCAAAAAGCACGGGGGCAUUGCCAGCACCGAGUCCUACGGCACCUACAAGGGGCAGAAUGGCUUGUGCCACUACAACCAGUCCGAGAUGCUGGCCAAGAUCACGGGCUACGUCAACGUCACCUCGGGCAACGUCACGGCGGUCAAAGCUGCCAUCUACAAGCACGGCCCCGUGGCCGUCAGCAUCGACGCCUCGCACAAGAGCUUCUCCUUCUACUCCAACGGCGUCUACUACGAGCCCAAGUGCGACAACACGCCGGGGUCGCUGGACCACGCCGUGCUGGCCGUGGGCUACGGGGUCCUGCAGGGAGAGACCUACUGGCUCAUCAAGAACUCCUGGUCCACAUACUGGGGCAACGACGGCUACAUCCUCAUGGCCAUGAAGGACAACAACUGUGGGGUGGCCACGGAGGCCACCUACCCCAUCCUGGCCUGAGCCACCUGGCUCUGCAGGGAGAGCCCUGCCGUUCUCAGCACUCAGCCCGGGACCAGGCCCUUCAGUGGGGCCAUCGGGAAGCUGGGGACACAGUGGGACAGCCCCAUUCAGUGCUGGACACAGGGCAGGACGGGGACUCAGCAUUGGGCUUGCCAAUAAAGACACUGGAAAAAUACUGGAUGGCUUUUC